ACAACGAAAGCGCGGAUAACAAAUCACCACAGAUUCACAGCAGAAUAGUGAAGGUUUUUCAGCAGCAAACAUGGAUGUAGAAGGUCUUCAUAUGUCAAUUGACUACGUAGGAAGUAGUGGUGUUAUUCUGAGUACAGAACAGAAGGCAGCUCUGCAGUCUUCGCUGGUCAUUUUGAAGAGUAAUUACAAGUUUGAUAGAGUGAAAUUUUGGGGCAAGAUUUAUGGAGUGAAGAGCGACUACUUUAUUGUGCAAGGAGUUGGCAAAGAUGAACUGAAGGAUAGGAAAACUCUCUACAGUCAAGACUGUGUGCACUGGGGCUUACUGCCAGUAGUGACAGAAAGCAUGAGACACAACUGCUCAUUUGUGAAGGGACGUUUCACUGGGGACCCUUCAUAUGAAUAUGAACACACCGAGACAAAGAAAGUUGAAAAUCAAGAUGGUGACAAGGUGGAUGGAGCUGAAGAGGAAAACAUUAUUAUGAUCAAAGAAGAGGAUAGGCUGUCAACAACUAUUGAAGCCAUAGAUUAUGAUGUCAGAAUAGUCCCUAGGGGAGCGUACUGCCGCACAGCUCUUGGUACUGUGGGAGUUAACAGAAGUUUUGAAGGCUUAUCAGUGGCAGAUUCAGGCAAGCUUUCCAGCUACUUCCAUUUCCGUGAGCCGUUUCUUCUAACUCAGAAGACUCUUCUUCAGAAGGCUGAGCUGGAUAAAGCUAUAGACUUCCUUGAUCCAAUUGAUACUGAUGUGCCAAAAGGAGGUUCAUGGAGUAUCCAGUUUGAGCGUGGAAGUGGCUUGGUGACUCUUCGCAGCCUACAUUGGCAGGGCUUUGCUUUUUAUCAUGUGCCUGGCACAAGGAAGUAUGGCUCAGUAUAUGUUGGUCUUGGUGUCAAAAAUCUGGACCUGCCUUUCAUGUUGUGAGAGAACACUCUCUCACAAUUUCCAUGUAAUAUAGUGUAUUUAUGAUAUCCACAAAUGAGGAAGAAACUUUUUCAGUUCUAACACGAAUUGUAUUCACCUUUAUUGUAUUCUUUUUAAACCAAUAAAAUAAUAGUGUCAUCCUUGA